ACCUGUUACACCUGUAUUACAGCGCUGUAGGAUACUAAAGGUGCGACUCCAGCUCCGCCGGUGCACCUGUUGCUUUAUUGUGCCAUGACCGAGGAGCUCACAACGUGCGACUUAACAUGCCCAUCUUCACCGACUGCCUCGGAGAAGACUUCAAUCGGCCCGAACACGAAGGAGAUGGAUUUUGAGCAGCCUAUUUUCUCGGUGUUGAGCGGCGGUGUGAAGCGGCACCAGGCGGAGGACAGCGCGGUGGCGACCUCACCGGCUAGGACCACUGCCGACUCCGAGUCCGGGAUCUUCUCUGGUGAAUACGAGGUGUGCGUGGAGCAUGACGCCGAGCUGGACUGGUUCUGUGGCACCGAGUCGAAACUCAUCUGCUCCCACUGCGCCAUCGUGGGCCCCUGCCGCCGACACACCGUGACCCCUCUGGCCACCAGAGUAACCGCAGUCAGAAACCAACUAGUGGAUGUUUGUGAGAAAAUGCAGCUGCAGGCAAUGAGGGUUGAGAAGUUCAUCAACCAGACGCUGACAGCCAAAGAGCAAAAGCUUCAGGUCGCGGCGAGCAGUGCGAGGGAGCAGGUCUUGGCUCAGGUCAACGCAGCGCGUGACGCCCUGGAGGAGGAGGAGCAGCGUCUCUUGGAGAAGGUGCAGCGAGAGGAGGAGCGAGUGGAGCAGUGCCUCCUCACCCAGAAGGCCCACUGGAGCAAGGCUUUGGCGAGUCUGACGCAAACGCGCUCCAGCCUGGUUCACACGCUGACACACACUCCAGACGCACAGCUGGUGACUAGUGUCCAGGAGAUAUCUGACAGGGUGGAGGAGGCCGACGGGGUCGGGGAGCCAUGUGACACAAACCAGCUCAGCCUGAAAGCAGACUGCAGUGACAGCAAGCUGCUGAGAGGUCUGUGGGCCACUGCAGUGCUGCUGGGGCCAAACGCUUAUGGAUCAUCUUUGUUACGGUUCGAUGAGCGCACCCUGAGCCCUCUCCUGUCCCUCUCAGAAGACUUAUACACUUUGACCUUCUUUUACAAAAAAGCUCGCCAAUCGCUGCCCUACGACCCAGCACGCUUUGACUGUUGGCCCAAUGCACUGGGUUCACUGGCCAUGUCCUCUGGCAGCCACAGCUGGGUGGUGGAUGUGGGCCAGAGUGGUGCCUUUAAGGUCGGGGUCUGCUACACCUCUAUGGAGCGCAAAGGCUCUGGAAACGAGGCCCGACUGGGCCAUAACGCUCAGUCUUGGGUGCUGUCUCACUACGACGGGGACUACUCCUUCUGCCACGCUGGGAAGAAGGUGCCCCUGCAGGUGGUGAGGAAACCCCAGAGGAUCGGCCUGCUGCUGGACUGGCCGAGCCAGACGCUGUUGUUUUAUGAGGCGGACUCCAGCAACGUGCUGCACUCUGUCACACAUGACUUCAGCGCCGCGCUGCUGCCGGCGUUUGCCGUGACGGACCGCAGCAUCACCAUACUGCAUUGACACAAAGCCAAAAACACGGAAUGACCACAAACGUGAAGAAAUGCCUUUGUCUAAUGUGAAUAUGAUCAGCAGCUAAAGAUCCUCCAUCGGACGAUGCAGUUUAGAAAGGCAUACAUUUCUAUUUAUUUUAUUAGCUUUUAUAAAUGUUUGAAAGAUUCAAUAGAGUUUGAUUUAGAGAUGAUCAGAUAAUUUAACUUUUUCUGUUGAUCAUAAUAUACAGUAGUGCUGUAACAGCAUUUCGUUUGACUGACAGUGCUAGUUUUUUAAAUCUUUGUAAUAGCAUCGGUUUGAUUUGUGCAAUCAAGCUUCUCCAAGUCGCUUUCUAGAAAAUAUUAAUAACACUGGUUGAUCCAGGCCUGUUUUGAAUGUUGUGUGACAAAGAAAUCACUCCAGAAAUACUUGAGAUCAUGUUGUAUAAAUAAAUGUUAUAUGUUCAGUGAACCAA